AUGGGGCCACCCAAGAAGAAGCGCAAAAUCGCCGGCACCGUCCCCGAGAAAAUCGAAUGCGACUUCAGCGCCCGCGAAGAAUACGUCACCGACUUCCACAAGCGCAAAGUCGCGCGCCAAAAGUUCGCACAGGACGAAGCUGCAAAGCGCGAGGAGGAGAAGCUGCGGUUCAGGAAAGAAGUGACCAGUCAACUCCUUGUGAUCGACCUCGAGCGUCGACAAGGCAGUGCUGAGCUAGUGCUCCAGUUCACGAUGCGAUUGUCCCUAUAG